CUCCCAUAGCCAACUCGGUGCCAAAGAAAAGAUUCAAGAGCCAAGAUGCCCCCAAUGGCAGCGCGUCGUACGUUUCGAAGCGCAACGGAGGCGACGCGAUUCACAUCCACCACACCCCACGCCUCCUCGAAGAGCCCAGUUUCUCCUUCACCAGUUUCCUCAACUCGCUCGUCACAAUCAGGAGCAUCCAACUCACGACCCCCAACAGCAAAGCCGGCCUCGAUCCGCGGAGGCGAGACCCCCGAGGAACGCGUCCGUCGGCUCCGCGCCGCCCACGAGGCUGCCCGCAAAGCCCAAGUCUCGGGCGUGGACAAGGCAAUCGGCACAGGACGACGGUUCUUCGACUAUGCGCACCGCUUCACCAUUGCCGGCCUCCUCGGCUUCACCGCCAUCGCCGGCCUCGUCUCCAUCUACUCAGUCUACGACAUGGUAACCUACAACCGCCAAAGACGGGGCGAGUUCCUCGAAGCCCAGAAACGCAUCGAAGCCGACGAGCUCGCCUCCGCCCGCCUGGCCUUCAUCAACGGCACCGCCACCGAAGACCAGAUCCAUCUCGUCGAGGAAGCGACCGCCCGCGCCGCCGAACAGGGCACCAAGCUCCCGCCCCUGCUGGCGCCUGCGUCCAAAUACAAGUCGUCGUCUUCGUCCUCGUCCUCGUCGUCAUCCUCUCCUUCCACUUCGAGCACCUCCGAGUCCGGCACACCAUCGUUAUCCGAAGGCCAGGUCGUCGCAGCGGCUACUACUACCAAUGCCGAAACGGGAGCGGAGGGCAAGCAGAGCCGUAGCUGGUGGCCCUUCGGCCCCAGCUCAUCAUCUUCUUCUUCUUCUUCCACCAAUGCGGCGGCGACAACAGCUCAGCAAACGCCGCUGAAGGAUGCCGCGGCCGCGGCGUUUGAAAAGGAGAAGGAAAGGCAGCAGCAUGGCGGCCCUCUGGACCGCAUUGGUGUGGAGGCAACGGGAGAGACCAAGAAAAAGGGAUGGUGGUAGUGUGACGAUGGCUUGCACAUGGGAGCCUAUCCCGUGCUGUCAGAGGUCACCCACAAGGUGACCGCUACCCGCGAGGAGGAAACUGUGGACGAUGAUGAUAAUAGGAAAGGCUUCGAAAAGCAACAAAAGUGUACAAUAGUUGUGGACUGGCUGCAUGUGUUCCCUUGAUACCUUAUUUUUCUGUAUACAGGGUACAUGCCUACUAGCAUUAGACGGCGUUUUUCGGCAGAUUCUACCCAAAUGCA